AUGAGAUGGAGAGGGCUAAGCAUCCGGCACACCGCCUGCAGGGAGAGCCUCACCGAUGCUGUCGUCAUUCAUACAGACAUCAUGUCCUCCCCACCACCACCAGCACUGUCACCAUCGCCAUCAUUACCAGCACUGUCACCAUCACCAUCAUCAACAGCAUCAUCACCACUAUCAUCAUCACCAGCGUCAUCACCAGUGUCAUCACCACUAUCACCAUCACCACCAUCACCAUCACCACCAUCACCACCAUCACCACCAUCACCACCAUCACCACCACCAUCACCACCACCACCAUCACCACCAUCACCACCAUCACCACCAUCACCACCAUCACCACCACCAUCACCAUCACCACCAUCACCACCAUCACCACCAUCACCACCAUCACCACCACCAUCACCAUCACCACCAUCACCAUCACCACCGUUACCUCCAUCACCAUCACCCCCGCCCAGCACACCGCCCUCCCCCCGCCCCCCGACGCCGUCUCCUCCUCUUUCACCUUCCCCCUCGCCGCCACCAUCCUCACCACCAUCACCACCAUCACCACCACCACCAUCACCACCACCACCAUCCUCACCACCACCAUCAUCAUCCCCCUCACCACCACCACCAUCCUCACCACCAUCACCACCACCACCAUCACCACCACCACCACCACCACGAUCACCACCACUAUCACCACCAUCACCACCACCACCACCACCAUCACCACCACCACCACCACCACGAUCACCACCACUAUCACCACCAUCACCACCACCACCAUCACCACCACCACCAUCACCACCACCAUCACCACCACCACCAUCACCACCACCACCACCAUCACCACCAUCACCACCACCAUCACCACCAUCACCAUCAUCACCAUCAUCACCAUCACCACCACCAUCACCACCACCACCAUCACCACCACCAUCACCACCAUCACCAUCAUCACUAUCACCACCACCAUCACCACCACCACCACCAUCAUCACCAUCACCACCACCACCAUCACCACCAUCACCACCAUCACCACCACCACCACCACCACCAUCAUCACUAUCACCACCACCAUCACCAUCACCACCACCACCACCACCAUCACCAUCAUCACCAUCAUCACCAUCAUCACCAUCACCACCACCAUCACCACCACCACCAUCAUCACCAUCACCACCAUCACCAUCAUCACCACCACCACCAUCACCACCACCACCACCACCAUCAUCACCAUCACCACCACCACCAUCACCACCAUCACCACCAUCACCACCACCACCACCACCACCAUCAUCACUAUCACCACCACCAUCACCAUCACCACCACCACCACCACCAUCACCAUCAUCACCAUCAUCACCAUCACCACCACCACCAUCACCACCACCACCACCACCAUCAUCACCAUCACCAUCACCACCACCACCACCAUCACCACCAUCACCACCACCAGACAGGGACAGGGUCCGGGAGGCCCAAAGGGAGGCCGUGCCCCAGGCAGAGAGCUCGGCGGACGGUGCCUUCCGGGGGCAGAAGGAGCCUGACUCGGGCCAGGGUGAGGCGGAGGGCGCCCGGGUGGGCCUCGCGCUGCGAUGA